UGGUUUUAUUUUUGCAUAUCUCAAUGUCAUUCAGACGAGAUCAGCUGAUGGCCACCUGCAUAAUUCGCACAAACACUGAUGCAUCCGUUUUGUUGUGCCGGUUAUCUGUUAGAAGUUUUGGUGGUUGACGUAAGAUGAAUGUUGGAUAUAUGUAAAAUAAUAAAAUAUCAAUUUUUUUUCGAAAUCUUUAAAUUUUUCAAAUUUUUCAUUUCAUAAAAGAAAAAUUAUUUAUUUGGUUUUACAAAUUUAAAUAUGCAAAACUAUGACCGAAAAAGUGACUAAAUUGGCAAUUUCAAGUCGAGUCAUUUUGUUGACGUUGCAGUUGCUGACUAAUUUAAUACUGUCGGAUCAUAAACCAGAUGUUUUUCGUGCACCAAUACUCCACAAUAAUAAUGAAACCAGAGUUACGAAUUGGCUGGAUAAAACCGUGCAAACUUGUUUAGGUGGUUUGCGACAUUGGGAUGGCGAAUAUUUUCUUCAUAUUGCGGAACAUGGUUAUACCUAUGAAAAUACGCUAGCAUUUUAUCCUCUCUAUCCAGUCACAAUUAAUAUCCUUGCAAGCAGCUGUGAUUACCUGCCACUACAUUUGUCGGCGCGUAGUUGGACGUUGCUCGUAGGUGUGCUGAUCAAUAUAUAUUGUUUUUGUAAGGCGGCAAAUGUACUUUAUGCAUUAACACAACGAAUAUUUAAUGAUUCUAACAAAAGCUGGAAUGCAGCAUUAUUAUUUUGUUUUAAUCCAGCUUCAAUGUUUUUUACCGCCACUUAUUCUGAAUCAUUAUUUUGCUGGUUAACGUUGGAAGUUAUGCUGGGCUAUGCAACAAGAACACGCUUUGGAUUAGCUACAAUCAUUUUGGGUUUAUCAAUAGUAACUCGCUCCAAUGGCUUCAUCAAUAUGGGAUUUCUGGUAUAUUUUAUGUUGCGCGAUUGUAUUGUGUAUUCGAAGAGUUAUGUUUGGACAGUUGUAAAAAUAUUUAUUCACGGAAUAACGGCACUGAUACCUUUAACAUUUUUCUUUUGUUACGCAUAUCAACAGUUUUGUACGUCACAUAAAAUCUCUAGAUAUCCACAAGAGAUUGUGGACUAUGCACAUGAGCGGAAUUAUGUUUUAGCCGGAACGCGACUGCCAAACGAAUCACCAUGGUGUGAUCAAUCUAUACCAUAUCCAUACUCGUAUGUACAAUCUCAUUACUGGAAAGUGGGCUUUCUCCGCUACUACGAAAUAAAGCAAUUACCAAAUUUUAUGCUGGCUCUUCCCAUAUUGAGUUUUCUGUGCUACCACUGUUAUGUGUAUUUAAAGCAUCUUUGUAAAAUAUUAUUGCCCAAAUAUUCACUAUUAUAUAUAGUGAAGGAAUACAAGUCUUUGCCAUUCGUUUUGGAGGCUUUAUUCCUGAGUUGCUUUUGCCUAUUUUUUGUACACAUACAAGUAUCCACGCGAUUACUCUGCUCGUCAACACCUUGUAUAUAUUGGUUUGCAGCAGAUUAUAUGCCAAAAACGUUCGACCAAAUCAGAUUUCGCUCAAAGAUAGGAUUAAUAGUGCAGUGGUUCGGAAUUUAUUAUGUACUGGGCGCCAUACUAUUCAGCAAUAAUUUCCCGUGGACCUAAGUUAAUGAAUAAGUAAAUAAUAUAUUUAUUAGAAAAAUUAUCAUUAAUGAAUGCCUAUUGUACCAUUGACUUAGUCAAUCGUAAUUAUAUUAAUAAUUAAAAUUGUUAAUUUGUGUAUAAGACUGUUAUUUUGUAUUAAAAAUUUUAAAUGAUUAAAAAUUAAUUUUAAAAGCAAGCUAGUUACAUUUAUUGGCAAA